AUGUCUGCUACUGCUACUGCCACUACUACAACCCCCACUACAACCACCAGCACCACCAGAUUACCCUCGAGCCAAAAGGACCUCAGUAUGUCCAAUAGAGAAGCCAUCAAGUUGAGCACUACCGGAGCCACUACCAAAUUAGCUCAACAUGAAAUAAUACCUGCGAAAAGAGACGUUGGUGCUUUGGCAAACAGAAUUAAUUUGGAAACCAGAUCAUUACACGACAAGGUUGACAAGAUGGUUUCACUCAAAAUGGCCAUUGCUUUAAGAAACUAUAAAGUUUAUCGUCAAGGAUUGCAAGCAUUUUACCACAUUUUCGCUAGUAUUGAAAAAGCUAUGGAAUAUCAACUACAACAAGAUACACAAUGGUCAGACAUGUUGAAACAAGUUUGGAAGCCUGAAGUUGCCAGGACGGCCAAAGCUGAACAAGACCUCUUGUUUUUCUACGACGACAAGAAGGAGAAAUUCGUCAACCCCAAAAUGUCUCAACAAAUCAAAUUUGCCAAUCAUAUUCUCGAAGUAACCAAAGCCAAACCAUACUUGUUGUUCGCUUACCUUCAUGUCAUGUACUUGGCUUUAUUUGCCGGUGGAAGAUUAAUGAGAUCGUCAUUUGCCAAAGCGACUGGAUUCUACCCAAAGAAAGAUGGAUUGAAACAUGAAGAUAUAAUGAAAAUGGGAUUCAAUUUUUUCAAUUUCGACGUCACAGAUGAAAGUUUGCUUCGGGUAAUAUACAAGAGAGAUUAUGAGUUGGUUACGAGGGGCGGGUUGACCGAGGAACAGAAAUUGGAGGUUAUUGAAGAAUCCAAGUAUAUUUUCAAACAAAAUGCCGAAUGCUUAUCUGAAUUGGAAGCUUACAAUAUGGAGAAAAUACAUGGAACUUGGACGUAUAUGGUGUUGACUAAGGGAUAUAUUGCAUUGUAUGCUAUUGCUGCUAUACUAGUGUUGUUGUAUUUGCAAAGAGUUCCACAAAUACCAUCAUUAAUGUCAACCACUACCAAGUCGGCUCACGAUACAGCGGUGAACUCGUUCAACUUGAACCAUUCAUCGUACCAUCAAUACCGCCCGUCAUUCACACCCAUUCUUGUCAACCCGUUCUUGGUGGAUCUAGGUCUUGCCACUUAUAACAAACAAGACAACACGUACACAUUCGACAAUGACAAGAGAAUAGUUGAAAUUGCAUGCGGUACUGGAAAAUUCACCAAAAACUUGAUUGACAAUGGCUGGAUCGACAAUUUAUCAGUUGUGGACCCUUCACGGGGAAUGUUGGAGUCAUUCAAGCUGAAUUUCCCCACAGUUCAAAAUGUAAUCCAAGCGUCAAGUUACGAUACUCCCUUUGAUGAUGACUCUAUUGACGCCGUGAUUGUGGCCCAAGGGUUCCAUUGGUUUGCCGAUGAGGAGAGUUUGAAGGAAAUAUCUCGGAUUUUGAAACCGGGAGGGAAAUUGGGCUUGAUUUGGAAUUUCGACUAUACCUCACAAUCGCAAGAUUCAAUUGUUGGUGAUAGCAAGUAUUAUAACGCAGGGACACGAUACUAUGAUGCAUUGGAUUUUAGUGCCACCUCUUCAUCAAACAAUCAAGAGUUGUUGGCUCAGUACUUUGCUAAUCAAAAAUGGAACAACGAAGUGACAAAAUACGUAUACGGCUUUGAUGUCAAAGUACCUCAAUACAGACAUGGGAAAUGGAGGGCCAUCUUGUUGAAUAACCCAUAUUUCCAAAACAAAAUUCUUGAUCUGUUUGCCUUGUAUGAUAAGGUAAUCGAUAAAGAUGAUGUUUGGAAGUACUGGGCCACAAGAAGUUAUAUUACUGAGUUGUCAAAGGACAGGCAAACUGAAAUCAAAACUCACAUUGAAGAGAUUAUUGCAAAUUCUACAGAUGAUGCAAGUUUUGAUAAAGAGACUCAUCACUUGAUCAAGCCAAUGGGAACUCACACCGUUGUUGUGGGUGUUAAUAAAUAG